AUGACGCCUUCAGCCCCUCCAUCGUUGGACGCCCAAAGCCAGACCCCUCCUUCCGACUUCUACAGCUGUCCCGAUCUGUCCUCGUUGCAGAUAUCGCAGGUCUCCGCCGCCGCAUACGGUCUCGAUCUCCUCGAAGUGACCACCGAUCCCGAAGCUUCGCGCUCCCCCUCUCCCGACUCCUCCACGGUCUCGCGCAGCCUCAAAAAACGGUCUCGAAGCCAGGCCGUCUCUCGAAAAGCGCGCGGCGUCCUUGGCAAAGUCCGCGCCCUACACCGCAUCGCAGCGGCCAAGAUGGCGCAUCCUUCGAUCAAGAUCAAUACCAACGUCCAGACGACAAAACGGGGCUUGCCCAACGAGAGUGACGGGGGAGACUUGCCCGGGGAGGUGGGAAAUACUCGGCUGGAGGUGGGGGAUGCAGACAACAUUCCUCCAUUCCUGUGUCAAUCAGUCUCGGAAAUUCACGACAAAUUUGACGAUCUCGAAUGGAUUCAACGCCAGCGACUGGCUGAGGCGAUGCUCUCCAACGAUCCCGCCCAUCCCUUUGCCCUCGAAGGCGACCCGCAAGUCAAAGCCCGCAAUCGAUACCUCAACGUGCAGGCGUGGGCCAACAGCCGCGUCCAUCUCCGUGUGCCCGAAGGCGAAUGCGACUUUAUUAAUGCCUCGCCCAUCACGCUGAAGGACUCCGUUACCCAGGUGGCCAGGACCUAUAUUGCGACGCAGAGCACCGCAACUAAUCAUCAUCUUACCUCCCGUCGACAGGGCCCUAAACUCGGUCAUCUGGCGCACUUUUGGCACAUGGUCUUCCAUGAGAGUAAGGAUGAGGCGGUGAUUGUCAUGUUGACUCAGACGUUUGAAGGAGGUCGGGAAAAGUGUUCGCAAUAUUUCCCGUUGGAUGCGGAACACGAUACCAUGAUCCUGUCCGAAGAUGACUCGGACCCCUUCGCGGCGACCGAAGGCAGUCCGGACGAGGCCACUGCAACUAUUGGCAAGGUGACGCUCUUGGAAUCCACCUUUGACGAGAAAGCACGUUCGGAGGUCCGCAAGCUUGAGCUGACGCUCGGGUCGGAGUCCAAGAUCGUUUGGCAUUUCCUCUUUGCUGGAUGGGCGGAUUACUCGAAGCCCGAGGGCAGCGACCGCGAAGCGCUCUUGGAACUGAUUCAGCUGUCCGCCUCCAAAGCAGGUCCCGAGAACCCGCGCAUCGUGCAUUGCAGUGCGGGUGUGGGCCGUACGGGCACAUUUAUUGCCCUCGAUCACCUCCUGCAAGAGCUUGAAUCGGGCCAGUUGCUGCAAGUGAAUGAUCCCGCCGCCGACCCCGUUUUCGAAACGGUCAAUCAGAUGCGCCAACAGCGCAUGAUGAUGGUCUACAACGAAAUGCAGAUGCAGUUUAUCUACGAGGUUCUCCGGGAGCAGGCCGACGUCAAAGUGGGCAACGUCGCUGUCUGUGCCAAGGCGUCGCCCGUCAGUCCCUCGGGCGAGCCGCGCUCGGCCAAGCUGCCCAAGCUGAGCGCCCAAGACGACUAUUUGCCAGCAUCGAAGCCUGAAUUGGAUGAAACCACGCCGACUCAAAUCCCAAGUCCUAGCGAGACGUCCGAGUCCUCUUCUCACGAAUAA